UGGCUCAGACAAAACAUCGUGGUGUGGACUGAGAAAACGCUGUAGCAGCUAACCCUUGACCCAGUUUUUCUUUUGGCAACUAGGACCGGAAAGGCCGAAAGGAUCAAACAAAACGGAGGCAGCAGCUUGUCCUGUUUGUCCUCGUGCUCUUUCUAGAUCAGACCCUGUCUGGCCCCUACUCUCAAGACACAAUUUAUGCCUCUCAUUCCAUAGUGAUUUCUGGAGAGAAGCCAUGCGGGCACUCCAUUUCUCACACAUGAAAUACAGCAACAGAUUUCCCACAACUUUCCUUAGCCUUGCUCUUGUUCUGCUCCUCUUCUUGGCCUCUCCCACAAGCGCUUGCACUGAGCAGGAGCGCAACUCACUCCUUCAGUUCCUUGGUGGGCUAUCGCAGGGUGGAAAUCUCACCUUGACAUGGAAGAAUGGCACAGACUGCUGCACUUGGGAAGGGAUCACCUGCAGUCCAGACAGGACGGUCACUGAUGUCUUCUUGAGUUCUAGGAGCCUUCAGGGAUUCAUCUCACCGUUCCUUGGCAAUCUCACUGGCCUAUUGCGCCUCAAUUUAUCCUACAAUUUGCUGUCUGGCGGCCUACCACUCGAAUUGGUGUCGUCCAACAGUAUCAUCGUCCUUGAUGUCAGCUUCAACCAACUCAAUGGAAAUCUGCAAGAGCUGCCAUCUUCAACCCCUGCCCGGCCUCUCAAGGUACUGAACAUCUCAAGCAACUUGUUUUCAGGGCAGAUUCCGUCCACUACAUGGGAAGUGAUGAAGAGUCUGGUUGCCCUUAAUGUAAGCAAUAACAGCUUUACCGGGCAGGUACCAACAACACUCUGUGUCAAUGCACCAUCCUUUACUCUGCUUGAACUCAGCUACAACCAAAUAAGUGGAAGUAUACCUCCAGAGCUUGGUGAUUGCUCCAAUUUAAAAUAUCUAAGUGCUGGACACAACAACCUCAACGGGACUCUUCCAGAUGGCCUCUUGGAUAUUACCUCAUUGGAACACCUCUCUUUUCCAAAUAACCAGUUGCAAGGAUCACUCAACAACAUCAGCAAGCUCAAAAAUCUGGUCACCCUUAAUCUUGGAGGGAAUUUUUUUGAUGGCAAUAUCCCAGAUUCUAUAGGUGAACUCAAGAGACUGCAGGAGAUUAGUUUGGAUCAUAACCAGAUGUCUGGGGAAAUCCCAUCAACUCUGAGCAACUGCACAAAGAUCAUAACUAUCGACCUCAACAGCAACAGUUUCAGCGGACAACUCACCAAGGUCAAUUUCUCCAACCUUCCCAAUCUAAAAACCAUAGAUCUUAUGGGGAACAAAUUCAGUGGCGCGAUUCCAGAAAGCAUCUACUCAUGCAACAACCUAACUGCACUGCGACUAUCCUUCAAUAGUUUCCACGGUCAGUUGUCAGAAAAAAUCGGCAAUUUGAAGUUCCUCUCAUUCCUAUCACUUGUUGACAUCUCUCUUACAAAUAUCACAAGUGCAUUUCAGAUCCUUAGGAGUUGCAAUAACCUGACCACCUUGCUAAUUGGACUCAACUUCAAGCAUGAGAUCAUGCCACAGGAUGACAGAAUUGAUGGUUUUGAGAAUCUUCAGGUUCUUUCUAUGUAUGAGUGUUCUUUGCUUGGAAGAGUGCCUCCUUGGUUAUCCAAGCUCACAAAUUUGGAGGUUUCUUGCAACGAGCAGGAGAGCAACUCCCUCCUCCACUUCCUCGCAGGGCUCUCACAGGACGGUGGCCUCACCAAGUCAUGGCAGAAUGGCACAGAUUGUUGCAUAUGGGAUGGGAUCAGCUGCAGCCCAGACAGGAUGGUCACCGAUGUCUUCUUGGCUUCUAGGAGCCUUCAGGGGUUCAUCUCACCAUUCCUCGGCAAUCUCACCGGCCUCUUGCGGCUUAACCUAUCCUACAAUUUGCUGUCCGGUUCCCUACCGCUGGAAUUGGUGUCGUCCAGUAGCAUCAUCGUCCUUGACGUCAGCUUCAACCAACUCAAUGGAGGCCUGCAAGAGCUGCCAUCUUCAACCCCUCGCCGGCCUCUCAAGGUACUGAACAUCUCAAGCAACUUGUUUUUAGGGCAAUUUCCAUCCAGCACAUGGGAGGCGAUGAAGAGUCUGGUCGUGCUCAAUGUCAGCAACAACAGCUUUACCGGGCAGAUACCAACUACCUUCUGUGUGAGUUCACAAUCCUUUGUUGUGCUUGAACUCAGCUAUAACCAAAUUAGUGGAAGUAUCCCUGCAGGGCUCAGUAAUUGUUCCAACCUAACAUCUCUUAGUGUCGGGCACAACAACCUCAAUGGAACUUUUCCGGGUGACCUUCUAAAUAUUGCCUUGUUGGAACACCUCUCUUUUCCAAAUAAUCAGUUGGAAGGAUCACUCGGCAACAUCAGCAAGCUCAAAAAUCUAGUCACCCUUAAUCUUGAACGGAACAGGUUCAGUGGCGAUAUCCCAGAUUCUAUAGGUGAGCUUAAGAGAUUGGAACAGAUCCAUUUGGGCAACAACAACAUGUCCGGGGAGCUCCCAUCAAAUCUGACCAACUGCACGAAUCUCAUAACUAUCGACCUCAAGAGCAACAAUUUAAGGGGAGAACUCACCAAGGUCAACUUCUCCAAACUUCCCAAUCUAAAAACCAUAGAUCUUAUGGGGAACAAAUUCAGUGGCGCGAUUCCAGAAAGCAUCUACUCAUGCAACAACCUAACUGCACUGCGACUAUCCUUCAAUAGUUUCCACGGUCAGUUGUCAGAAAAAAUCGGCAAUUUGAAGUUCCUCUCAUUCCUAUCACUUGUUGACAUCUCUCUUACAAAUAUCACAAGCGCAUUUCAGAUCCUUGGGAGUUGCAAGAACCUGACCACCUUGCUAAUUGGACUCAACUUCAAGCAUGAGAUCAUGCCACAGGAUGAAAGAAUUGAUGGUUUUGAGAAUCUUCAGGUUUUUUCUAUCAAUGACUGUUCUUUGUCUGGAAAAGUACCUCCUUGGUUAUCAAAGCUCACAGAUUUAGAGAUGUUAUUUUUAUUUAACAAUCAACUGACCGGAUCAAUACCUGACUGGAUAAGUAACCUGAACUCCCUGUUCUAUAUAGACCUAUCAAACAACAGCCUUACAGGGGAACUUCCAACAGCUCUAAUGGAGAUGCCAAUGCUAAAAACAGACAAGGUUGGCCCAGAGGUCUUUGAGCUGCCUGUUUAUCCACUUUAUACACCUCAAUCGCUUCAAUACCGCAUGCCUAGCGCUUUUCCUAAAGUGCUGAAACUAGGCAAUAAUAACUUCACUGGUGAGAUCCCCAACAAGAUUGGUCAGCUGAAAGGGCUCCUUUCACUUAAUUUGAGCUUCAACAAAUUAUCUGGAGAGAUCCCAGAAGCGAUUUGCAACAUCACAAAGCUGCAGGUGCUUGACUUGUCAAGUAAUAAUCUCACUGGUACAAUUCCAGCUGCACUGAACGACCUAAACUUCCUGUCUCAAUUCAAUGUUUCAAAUAAUGACCUAGAAGGGACUAUUCCAACUGUGGGCCAGCUUAGCACUUUUCUAAAUUCAAGCUUUGAUGGCAACCCGAAACUGUGUGGUCCCAUGCUUUCUGAUCAUUGUGGUUCAUCUAAAACACCAUGGGUCUCCAAGAAACGACACAACAAAAAAGCCAUCCUUGUCCUUGCACUUGGUGUAGGUUUUGGAGGUAUUUUCAUCCUGUUCUUGCUAGUCUGCCUCCUUUUCUUGUUCAGGAGAACAAGUUUCACGACCAGAAAUAGGAGCAACAACAAGGAUGCCAUAGAAGCACUGCCAUCCAACUUCAUUUCAGAGCAAUCAUUGGUGAUGGUCCCACAACGCAAGGGAGAACAAAAUAACCUCACAUUCAUUGAUCUCGUGAAGGCUACAAAUAACUUUGACAAGGAGAAUAUCAUAGGCUGUGGAGGUUAUGGGCUGGUGUACAAGGCUGAGCUACCCAAUGGAUCCAAGGUUGCGAUCAAGAAGCUCAAUAGUGAUAUGUGCCUGAUGGAUAGGGAAUUCAGUGCAGAGGUUGAGGCUCUCUCCAUGGCGCAGCAUGACAAUCUCGUGCCACUCUGGGGCUACUGCAUUCAGGAAAACUCAAGGUUCCUCAUAUAUUCUUAUAUGGAGAAUGGCAGCCUGGAUGACUGCCUUCACAACAGGGAUGAUGACGCCAGCCCAUUUCUUGGCUGGCCAAUGAGGCUAAAGAUCGCGCAAGGAGCAAGCCGGGGUCUCUCAUACAUCCAUGAUGUCUGCAAGCCUCGCAUUGUGCACCGUGACAUCAAGUCCAGUAACAUCCUGCUAGACAAAGAAUUCAAACCCUAUGUUGCGGAUUUUGGGCUAUCCAGAUUGAUCCUUCCCAACAAAACUCAUAUCACAACUGAGUUGAUUGGCACUCUCGGUUAUAUUCCUCCUGAAUAUUGUCAAGGUUGGGUGGCUACUCUUAGAGGUGAUAUGUACAGUUUUGGAGUAGUGUUGCUUGAGCUUCUCACAGGCCAGCGGCCUGUUCCAAUCUCAUACAAGUCCAAAGAACUCGUCCAGUGGGUACGUGAGAUGAGAUCCGAGGGAAAGCAGAUUGAAGUCCUGGAUCCAGCACUCCAGGGCACAGGGUAUGAAGGGCAGAUGUUGAAGAUGCUUGAAGUCGCUUGCCAGUGUGUCAACCAUAAUCCUAGCAUGAGGCCAACAAUAUGGGAAGUAGUCUAUUGCCUGGACAGCAUAGAUGCCAACCUGAGGAUGCAAAAUUCAGUCACCAUAGAGUAAUAACCUACAUAAUAAAUUAUAAUUUGAGUGACCUGCUGACUGAUUACGUUACUUCUUUUUGUACAGCUUAACAGGCUGCUAAACAUUUGUAAUUCGUCUCCUUUUUCCCCUAUCAUGAACUAUGGACCAUGAAGAGUCAUAAGAAACAAGCUAAACUUUUGUGAUGGUGACCCUUCAACCAAGAGUGUCAUUCAUGAUUAGGGUAUCAAACUCUGAAUUAAUUAAUUAGUUUGCUUAUCCUCUCUCUCCCCCUGUUUUACAAUUCUAUUGAUGUACUUUCCACACAGUUGUUAGGGAAUAAAAAAUCAUCUUUUCCUUUAA